UCACGUGGGCAUGGCGUCUGGGGGCGGGGUCAGGGCGCGCGGGCGCGCGAAGAUGGCGGCGGCCGCCGGCGGGCCGUGUGUGAGGAGCAGUAGAGAACUGUGGACUAUUCUGCUUGGAAGGUCAGCUCUGAGAGAGCUGAGUCAGAUUGAGGCAGAACUGAAUAAACAUUGGCGGCGAUUGUUAGAGGGGCUUUCUUACUACAAACCUCCCAGUCCAAGUUCAGCUGAAAAAGUGAAAGCUAAUAAAGAUGUAGCUUCACCAUUGAAGGAACUGGGUUUAAGAAUCAGCAAGUUUUUGGGUCUUGAUGAAGAACAGAGUGUGCAGUUACUCCAGUGUUACCUGCAAGAGGACUACAGGGGUACUCGGGACUCAGUAAAGACAGUACUGCAAGAUGAGAGGCAGAGCCAGGCCUUAAUCCUGAAGAUUGCAGAUUAUUAUUAUGAAGAAAGAACCUGUAUUCUUCGUUGUGUCUUACACCUUCUCACUUACUUCCAAGAUGAAAGACACCCCUAUAGGGUUGAAUAUGCAGACUGUGUUGAUAAAUUGGAGAAGGAACUAGUUUCAAAAUACAGACAGCAAUUCGAAGAGCUUUAUAAAACUGAAGCACCAACUUGGGAGACACAUGGAAAUCUCAUGACAGAGCGCCAAGUGUCUCGCUGGUUUGUUCAGUGCCUUCGGGAACAGUCCAUGCUGCUAGAAAUUAUUUUCCUUUAUUAUGCAUACUUUGAGAUGGCACCCAGUGACUUAUUUGUAUUAACCAAGAUGUUUAAAGAGCAAGGAUUUGGUAGUAGGCAGACCAAUAGGCACCUGGUGGAUGAGACUAUGGAUCCUUUUGUAGAUCGGAUUGGCUACUUCAGUGCCCUCAUCCUGGUGGAGGGCAUGGAUAUUGAGUCCUUGCAUAAGUGUGCUUUGGAUGACAGAAGAGAACUGCAUCAGUUUGCGCAGGAUGGGCUUAUUUGUCAGGAUAUGGACUGUUUAAUGUUGACCUUUGGGGACAUUCCACAUCAUGCCCCAGUGCUUUUGGCCUGGGCUCUCCUCCGUCACACUCUGAACCCAGAAGAGACAAGCAGUGUGGUCCGGAAGAUAGGUGGCACAGCCAUCCAGCUGAAUGUGUUUCAGUACUUGACCCGAUUGCUCCAGUCCCUUGCCAGUGGGGGAAAUGAUUGCACCACCAGCACUGCAUGCAUGUGUGUCUAUGGACUGCUCUCUUUCGUUCUGACCUCGUUGGAGCUGCACACCCUGGGCAAUCAGCAGGAUAUAAUUGAUACAGCAUGUGAAGUAUUGGCCGACCCUUCUCUUCCGGAACUGUUCUGGGGAACAGAGCCAACUUCUGGCCUUGGGAUCAUUCUGGACAGUGUGUGUGGAAUGUUUCCCCACCUUCUCUCCCCACUCCUGCAACUGCUCCGAGCCCUGGUAUCAGGGAAGUCCACAGCCAAAAAGGUGUAUAGCUUCUUGGAUAAGAUGUCUUUCUACAAUGAACUUUAUAAACACAAGCCUCAUGAUGUGAUCUCCCAUGAAGAUGGAACUCUUUGGCGGAGACAAACACCCAAACUCCUUUAUCCCCUUGGGGGUCAAACCAACCUUCGCAUACCUCAAGGCACUGUGGGCCAAGUAAUGUUGGAUGAUAGGGCAUAUCUGGUACGCUGGGAAUACUCCUAUAGCAGCUGGACCCUCUUUACCUGCGAGAUUGAAAUGUUGCUUCAUGUUGUUUCAACUGCAGAUGUGAUUCAGCACUGCCAGCGAGUCAAACCCAUCAUUGAUCUCGUCCAUAAGGUCAUCAGUACAGACCUGUCGAUAGCAGACUGUCUCCUGCCCAUCACAUCUCGCAUCUACAUGCUGCUGCAGCGGUUAACGACAGUGAUCUCCCCACCUGUGGAUGUCAUUGCUUCUUGUGUCAACUGCUUAACUGUUUUGGCUGCCCGCAAUCCAGCAAAGGUCUGGACUGAUCUUCGUCACACAGGUUUUUUACCAUUUGUGGCCCAUCCUGUCUCCAGCCUGAGUCAGAUGAUUAGUGCGGAAGGGAUGAAUGCUGGAGGGUACGGAAACCUCUUGAUGAAUAGUGAACAGCCUCAGGGCGAGUAUGGGGUUACUAUUGCCUUUCUGCGCUUGAUCACCACCCUUGUCAAGGGGCAACUUGGUAGUACCCAGAGCCAAGGACUUGUACCCUGUGUAAUGUUUGUGCUGAAGGAGAUGCUUCCCAGCUACCAUAAGUGGCGCUACAACUCUCAUGGAGUGAGGGAACAGAUUGGUUGCCUGAUCUUGGAGCUGAUUCAUGCAAUACUGAACCUGUGCCACGAGACAGACCUGCACAGCAGUCAUACUCCCAGCCUGCAGUCUCUCUGCAUCUGCAGCCUGGCAUACACAGAAGCAGGACAGACAGUUAUCAAUAUCAUGGGCAUUGGCGUGGACACCAUUGACAUGGUGAUGGCUGCUCAGCCUCGAAGUGAUGGGGCAGAGGGCCAGGGGCAGGGCCAGCUGCUGAUCAAGACAGUGAAACUGGCAUUCUCCGUCACCAACAAUGUUAUUCGGCUGAAACCUCCUUCUAAUGUGGUGUCCCCCCUGGAACAGGCUCUCUCACAACAUGGUGCUCAUGGAAACAACCUCAUUGCUGUUCUAGCCAAAUACAUCUACCACAAACAUGACCCUGCUUUGCCACGUCUUGCCAUUCAGCUGCUGAAACGUCUGGCCACGGUGGCCCCAAUGUCAGUGUAUGCUUGUCUGGGCAAUGAUGCGGCUGCCAUUCGUGAUGCCUUCCUGACCCGAUUGCAGAGCAAAAUUGAGGACAUGCGCAUCAAAGUCAUGAUUCUAGAGUUCCUCACGGUUGCAGUAGAGACCCAGCCAGGCCUCAUCGAACUGUUUCUGAACCUGGAAGUUAAGGAUGGCAGUGAUGGCUCAAAGGAAUUCAGCCUUGGGAUGUGGAGCUGUCUCCAUGCAGUGCUGGAGCUGAUUGAUUCCCAACAGCAAGAUCGGUACUGGUGCCCACCCCUGCUGCAUCGUGCCGCCAUUGCCUUUUUGCAUGCUCUGUGGCAGGAUCGGAGGGACAGUGCCAUGCUGGUCCUCCGAACCAAACCCAAGUUUUGGGAAAAUUUAACCAGUCCACUGUUUGGAACCCUUUCUCCUCCCUCUGAAACAUCAGAGCCCAGCAUCCUGGAAACCUGUGCCCUAAUCAUGAAGAUAAUUUGCUUGGAGAUAUACUAUGUAGUAAAGGGUUCAUUAGACCAGUCAUUAAAGGAUACACUGAAGAAAUUUUCCAUCGAGAAACGCUUUGCCUACUGGUCAGGGUAUGUCAAGUCAUUGGCAGUUCACGUGGCCGAAACAGAAGGCAGCAGCUGCACCUCCUUGUUAGAGUACCAGAUGCUGGUGUCCGCCUGGAGGAUGCUUCUCAUCAUUGCCACCACUCAUGCAGAUAUAAUGCACCUGACUGACUCUGUGGUGCGUCGCCAGCUCUUUCUUGACGUGCUUGAUGGAACCAAAGCGUUACUCCUAGUUCCAGCCUCAGUGAAUUGCCUUCGCCUCGGCUCCAUGAAGUGCACUCUGCUGCUUAUCCUCCUCCGGCAGUGGAAGAGAGAGUUAGGUUCUGUGGAUGAAAUCCUUGGACCCUUGACGGAGAUCCUGGAGGGAGUGCUGCAGGCCGACCAGCAACUCAUGGAGAAGACCAAGGCCAAGGUGUUCUCGGCAUUCAUCACAGUGUUGCAAAUGAAGGAGAUGAAAGUAAGUGACAUCCCCCAGUACUCCCAGCUGGUGCUGAAUGUCUGUGAGACCCUCCAAGAGGAAGUGAUUGCACUCUUCGACCAGACCCGCCACAGUCUGGCAUUAGGCAGUGCCACAGAGGACAAGGACAGCAUGGAGACUGACGACUGUUCUCGGUCCCGGCACAGGGACCAGCGUGAUGGGCAGGUGUGUGUCCUGGGCCUGCACCUGGCCAAGGAGCUGUGUGAGGUAGACGAGGAUGGUGACUCCUGGCUGCAGGUAACCCGCAGGCUUCCCAUCCUACCCACCCUCCUCACCACUCUAGAGGUGAGCCUUCGCAUGAAGCAGAACCUACAUUUCACUGAGGCCACAUUGCAUCUGCUCCUCACCCUGGCUCGCACUCAGCAGGGAGCCACAGCAGUGGCUGGAGCUGGCAUUACCCAGAGCAUUUGUUUGCCCCUUCUGAGUGUGUACCAGCUUAGCACCAACGGCACAGCACAGACACCUAGUGCCUCUCGGAAGUCCCUGGAUGCCCCCUCUUGGCCAGGAGUCUACCGCCUGUCCAUGUCCCUGAUGGAGCAGCUGCUCAAAACUCUGCGCUACAACUUCCUGACUGAGGCCCUGGACUUCGUGGGUGUCCACCAGGAGCGGACCUUACAGUGCCUCAACGCAGUGAGGACAGUGCAGAGUCUGGCCUGCCUGGAGGAGGCGGACCACACCGUGGGUUUUAUUCUGCAGCUCUCUAACUUCAUGAAGGAGUGGCACUUCCACCUGCCUCAGCUCAUGCGUGAUAUCCAGGUCAACCUGGGUUACUUGUGCCAGGCAUGUACCUCUCUCCUGCACAGUCGAAAGAUGCUGCAGCAUUACUUACAGAACAAAAAUGGGGAUGGCCUCCCCUCGGCUGUUGCCCAGCGAGUCCAGAGGCCACCGUCUGCUGCUUCUGCUGCCCCCUCCUCCUCCAAGCAGCCCGCUGCUGACACAGAGGCAUCAGAGCAGCGGGCCUUGCACACAGUCCAGUAUGGCCUUCUCAAGAUCCUCAGCAGGACGCUGGCAGCCCUGCGCCACUUCACCCCAGAUGUCUGCCAGAUCCUGCUGGAUCAGUCCCUGGACCUUGCUGAAUACAACUUCCUGUUUGCCCUGAGCUUUACCACUCCCACCUUUGACUCUGAAGUGGCCCCCUCCUUCGGGACCCUUCUGGCCACAGUGAAUGUGGCCCUCAACAUGCUUGGAGAGCUGGACAAGAAAAAGGAGCCCCUCACCCAGGCAGUGGGGCUCAGCACACAGGCAGAAGGGACCAGGACGUUAAAGUCCCUCCUGAUGUUUACCAUGGAACACUGCUUCUACCUGCUCAUCUCUCAGGCGAUGCGGUACCUUAGGGACCCGGCUGUGCACCCCCGGGACAAACAGCGGAUGAAGCAGGAGCUCAGCUCUGAGUUGAGCACGCUGCUGUCCAGCCUCUCGCGCUACUUCCGCCGGGGAGCCCCCAGCUCCCCUGCCACUGGUGUCCUCCCCUCACCGCAGGGCAAGUCCACCUCUCUCUCCAAAGCCAGCCCUGAGAGUCAGGAGCCUCUGAUCCAGCUGGUGCAGGCGUUUGUCCGGCAUAUGCAAAGAUAGGGCAGUGCUGUGCUGCCCACCUACCCCUCUCCACCAGCCUACACUGCACCCUGGCUGGCAGGGGUGCCGCUGGCUGCCAGGGCCUAUACAAUGGAGGGCACCUUCUGUCACCCCCCUCCUGGAGUAGCCACGACUCCAGCCACCACCGACGUUAUUUUUAUACUAGAUGAAGAGGUCAACAGCAGGCAUGGGGAGCCGAGUCUUCUGUGCUCAGGUCCUCACGCUGCAGACGCCCCCUAGAGGAGCUUUCCUUCCUUUCCAGCAUUCCCCACAGCACUGCCCGCCAGGGGAGAGGCGGCAGCCCAGCAGAGGGCUCUAUGCACGGGUUUCAAACCUGUUUUCCACACUCUGUCCUUGCAGUUUUGGUAAUUCUGUGUCUAUUUAUACAAAUAUUAAAAUCUUGUUUAUAGA